GCACACUAGACCCAGCAAGAGAAGAGAGUAGAUCACCUCCAGAGACUACCCAUGCUGACAGACACACCAUCCGAAACGCCUAUUCACUUCUGUGGACACUAAACUCUGAAAGGAUGGAUUUUUUAGACCGCGGGUACCUGGAAGCGCGGUCUCCUUAUGAUUACACCUUUAAUUUUUGGAACGACUACCUCGGCCUGUCGACACUCGUCGCCAAAAAUAAGAUCAACAGUCCGUCCUGCAACCCCAACUCUAUAACUGAGUCUCUUAAGGCGACUCUGGGCUUGGAAGACGAUUCCCCGGUUUGCUCCUGCGUAAUUGGGCACGGCAGGGACAGCGACGGACACUUGGACUGCUGCUGCGCGGCUCCUGGCUCCCCGCCGAUCUCCAUCUAUGAUCUCAAGGAGCGCAUCUCGCUUCUCAGGCCGUACGAACAUCUUGUCGGUGACUCGCCGCUGGGAGACAGAGAUUCACCCCCCUACAGGGGAAGCUUCGCCGGCCUCGACCUGCUCUCCAUGGACAGAAGGCGCAAACAGACUCAGAGGUGCAAGCCGGAGCCGAAGGUGUGCGUCUUCUGUCGGAACAACGGUGCACCGGAGGAAGUUUACGGCACCCAUAUCCUGAAGACAGCGGACGGCAGAGUCCUGUGCCCCAUCCUCCGGGCAUACACCUGUCCCCUCUGCAGUGCCAACGGUGACAAUGCGCACACUAUCAAGUACUGCCCGCUAUCUAAAGAUCAGGCGAGCCAGAGAGUGGCGAAGGGAGGCAGAGCGAUUGGCAAAAGGCUGAAAAUCUUCUAAGCGAAGAGAUGAAUGAAGUCUGAGUUGCACUGUAAAUUAAUAGUGUGUAUGGCAGUAUGUAAUUUUGCCCCAUUUCAUGCACAAGGCAAGUCUGGAGAGGAAGAUUUUAAGAAAAUAAGAUUUGUAUUGAUUUCUUUUGUAUGUCACUGCUUCAUUCGCAAUGUUUUCGUCUAUAUCUUUGUUGUAACUCUAUGGGCACAUAGUUUACACUUGGACGCAAAGCGCGCAAUAUGCCCCCCCCCCCCCCCCC